ACUCCUAGCAUAACUCCAAGUGCAGUUGUCUAACACGCGCACGCAGCAUCACCAUGAUGGGCCUUGCUAAAUUGACCAUGAUAGCAGUCAUUUUUGUUGUUGGACUUGCUGGAGCGUCACUCCCUCGUGCUAGAUCAGGGCGUGGUGACUCAGUCCUUGAAGAAUUUAUCGAAGAAUCAAGCACACCUGAAGUUGAGACCACGUCUGAAAUGACGACAACCACAAAGCAGAAGAAGGUUAACUGUGGCAACCAAAAUUUCGAGCGCACUGCUGAUGAAUGUUGCCUGUUGCCUGCAAAUGAUCUUUUCCCGAUGGAAACAACUCAGAAAGAGUGUAACAAAAAACAGGAUAAAAAAGCUGACACUCUCUUGAAUGGUGUCAUGCUAAACAGACUGCAAAGUUCCCGUAAAAAUUACCAGCUUGAUUAUUCUGGCCGGAUCUUGGGCAAGAUUUUUGGACCUGGAGUGUGUUUCGCUGAAUGUGUCUUUCAGUCAAAUAAUUUGAUGGAUCCCUCUGGCGAUAUUGACUUUGAUAAAACGCUUGAAUUCAUUACCAGAAACAAGCCUGACCCAUGGAAAUCAAUUUUAGUUGAUGCUGUUUCCAUUUGCAAAAACUUCACUGAUGCAACUACCGUCAAAGAAAUUACUUUCCGCGAAAACCGAAAAACGAAGACUUGUAAAUUAGAGUCCGUCCACGUCAUUCAGUGUUUGCAAGCCGUCAUUACUCUGAACUGUCCUGAGGGUUUGCCCAAUGACCACGAGAAAAACAAGAAGUGCAGAGAAUCGGUGGACAACUUACAGACCUGUGUCAGUCAUAUUGACCAGAAAAUCACGCGAACUGAAUAUCUGAAGAAAUAUUUGAACAAGAAAUCAUCAGCAUUGGAAAACUAACUUAAGGAAAACCUUAAAUUGUUGCAAAACCUGUAUACUGUUGAAUAAAUUUAACAUUUGUUACGGUUACUUAAAAAAUAA